UGAAAUAAAAAUUAGAUUAACAAGCAACCAAACCCUAGGGUUUAGAACUUAAAAAGAAAGCUCUCACGUUUCCACCCCCACUUCUCGUCGCAUCUGCAAAAACUGCGCCUCCUCCUUAACCAGCAGAUACCAUGGCCCCAAAGAAAGACAAAGCUCCCCCUCCUUCCUCUAAGCCCGCAAAAUCUGGAGGUGGCAAACAAAAGAAGAAGAAGUGGAGCAAGGGAAAGCAAAAGGAGAAGGUGAACAACAUGGUGCUAUUUGAUCAAGCUACCUAUGACAAGCUUCUCUCUGAAGCUCCUAAAUACAAGCUCAUCACCCCCUCUAUUCUUUCUGAUCGUAUGAGGAUCAAUGGAUCACUUGCAAGGAAGGCUAUAAGGGAAUUGAUGGCAAGGGGGUCGAUUAGAUUGGUGUCUGCUCAUUCUAGCCAGCAGAUUUACACUAGGGCUACCAACACUUAGGAUCAUUUUUCCCCUUAAUUUAGUUAUUAUUUAGAAUUAUAUUUGCUGAGUUUAUCAUCAUUGAAUGCUUUCUUUUGUUAUUUAUUUAAGACUUCCCUGUAGUCACUUUUUUUCCCUCUACAAUGUUUAAGCAACAAGUUCUUGAUAUUGUUAUGGUUUAAAGGAUGUACUUUUCAGAUUUUGUUCCCAA